AUGCCUCCAAUCCGAGUCGCCAUCGUAGGCGCAGGCCCCGUUGGCCUCACGCUCGCUCGACUACUUCUGAACAAGCCCAACGUCGACUUUGUUGUCUUUGAGUCCGAGACCAUUGCUGCCUUGAGAGAGGCCGACCUGUACGACGAAUUCUUGAAGAGAGCCCGCUUUGAUGGAGAGGCGUUGAUCAUUUGUGACAAAAGAUUGACUAAAUAUGUUGAGCUGUCGGGGUCAGAUGAGAAUUCUUCACAUGGAAGACCGGAAAUUGAUCGGAUAUCUCUUCGAGAGAUGCUUCUGGACUCUAUUCCACUCAACAAGAUCCGAUGGGGCUAUCACUUGCGCACCAUUGACGAAGAUCAUAAUUUGAUCUUCGAUCAUGGCGUUGAGACCGGAUUUGAUUUGAUUGUCGGUGCAGAGGGUGCCUGGAGCAAGACCCGCAAGCUUGUAUCAGAUAAAAUGCCAAAUUAUUCCGGUAUUUCUGGGAUCACAUUCGAGAUCCCCAAUGCCAAAGAGACGGCACCAGAAUGCUACAAGCUUACAAACCGUGGAUCUCUAUUUUCUUAUACCGGUGGCCGGUCCAUCAUGUCUCAAUAUCAAGGCGAUUGUAGUCUCAAAGUCGCUGUCUAUGCUACUCGGCCAAAAGACUGGGCUGAGAAUCUUCCCUUCGAUAUUCAUGACCUGGAAGCCACCAAAAAGGUCAUUCUGGGUGAGUGUCAUGACUGGGCUCCUGAAUUGCUACAAUUCGUGCGCCAUGGUCAAAAUGCAGAGGUCAGGCCACUCUACAUGCUCCCUGUCGGGUGGUCAUGGGAGAAUUCCCCUGGUGUGACUCUGAUUGGUGACGCAGCACAUGUGAUGACACCCUUUGCUGGUCAAGGAGUCAACCUGGGAAUGCAAGACGCCUUGGUGUUGUCUCGUGCGAUCAUCAAAGGGGCAAACUCACCAAGCCCUAGAGAUACAUUGGCAAGGGAGAUCAAGUCAUUUGAAGAAGAUCUAUUUGUCCGGGCCAAAGAGACAGCAACCUUGACGAAUGAUAUGAUGACCAUGCUAUUUUUCAGUAGUUCACUUCGAUCAGUCAUUGAAAAGGUGGUAUUGCGCAAAUUGACCUUCUAUAACAAGAGCCUCCUCCAGCGUGCCAAAUACCCAUUGAUGACGGCGUUUGUAUAUGGAUACUACUCACUGUUCAAAUUGUGGCAUUGA